AUGGCGAUAGAGUUCCGGUCGCACAAGGACGACGCCUGGUAUGAUGCCCACCUACUGUCGGAGUACGCCGGCGGUGAACACCGUCUCAGAAUCAAGUUCGCCACCUUCCCCGACGACCAUGACGAGUUGAUCAACCUUAAAGACCUCAAGUCGCAGAAAGACGUCGAGGCAUUGAGGUCCCGCGUCAGGAAAAUUUCUGUUCAGCUCCAGGACUACGACUGCUCCAAAGUCAACAAGGGCUUAGUCGUCUGCGCCGCCCAUUCUGUUCCACCGGACGACCGCCGCUACUUCGACGGCGUAAUCGAUAUGGUUGUGCGUAAGGAGCAUAGGAUUGUGAAAGGAGAGGAAGUGUGUAACUGUAAGUACGUUGUGGAGUGGACUAGUGGUCCAGAUGUUGGGAUUCUAUCUAGUCUAGCAAUUGGGGACAUUUGCCGAGUUCAGCAACCUGGUAGUAAGGUGCCUGCUACUGAUGAGGAACUAAUAAGCCCGGUGCUGAGCUCGUUUCUCGACAGGGCCAAGGAGAAGAAUGAGAGCAAUUUCUCUAAUUCGACUAUGAUUUAUGUUGAGAAAGGUGGCUGUGAUUCAGAGAGUUGUAGGACUACUAGUAAGAGGUUCAAGGAUAAUUCUGCUCACAAGGAUACACCUGCCAGGAGAUAUAUAGCAUCUGUAAUGAGCAGGUUUUCUAAAGCACCAAGGCAAGAGUCAGAAUGCAAUUCAAAAGACCUACAGCAAAAGAGCAAACAAGCAGAGAUGAUUGAGAAUCCUUCUGAAAGGAGUGGACUUGACAUUGAUAUAGAAGGGAUGCCGUAUGUGCUAUUUGUGGAGAAUCUUGAGAAGGGGAUAUCACCUGUUACAAUUAUGCAGUUUCUGUAUCAGCAAGUUUCAGUCUCAUGUGUAGCUUUUGUUAUGCCAAGUAAAUCGUCAGAGACAUAUACAAGAGGAAUCAUCAUACUGGAUAACAAAAUGAAUCUUGAAAAGGUGUCCAACUUCUUGGAGAGUCCAGAUCGCAUCAUAGUUUCCUCAAGAGGAAGGCCUUGGAUAGUGUCUGAGAAACUCUUAGAUGACACACUGAGAGCAACAAUCCAAGUAUCCAAGCUUACUUCACAGGCAACAUUUGAGGGCAGAACAUCAAGUAGCAAUGAAUUAAAGGUCGUUGUUUCUGGUAGUCGAGAAUACCAGAAAGCUAAUAUGCUAAAGAAAUUGAUCAAGGAAUUUAUCGACCAUCAAUGCAGAAUUCAUAAGCGGCUGCUUUAUGAUGAGGCAGAGAUCCCGAAGAUACCUCUGUGAUGGAUUGUAGAGAUAGUUGAGAUUUUAGUUGCUUGUACAUAGGGCUGAGUCAAGGUACAUUGUGUACCCUUGCCGUUUUGAUUG